AUAUGGACCGCCAUUUUUACUAGAAGAUAGCGAAUCACAAACGACGUCCUACUCCUUCCUUUUUCCGCUGAGCGCGCCACCUAAGUUCCGCUUGUGAUAGGGUUGCCCUUCUACCUUUUUUAGUAGUAGUAGUACGAUUACUCAUGUAAGCGUAUGUAUGACCGAGUCUGCGUCAACCAAGCAAUACUUUGUAUUUGAGCUGAUUAAUAAACUAAAGGACAUAACAGUGGUGUCAGAAGUGGGAUUGUCGAUAAUCGAACAAAGUCGCGUAGUGAAACGGUGAAGGAAAAGACGACCGCGGACAACAUGGAAGUACCGACGGAAUUAAUGCAGGCUUUGACGAGCAUGCUCGCUAAUGCGAUUCGGACAUCUGCAUCAAAUGCGGCAGCAGCCACGAGUGAUGCAACGAAUGCAGCGGGUGUAUCCACGAGUCAGCCAAGGCCACCGCAUUUCGUCAUGCCUGAAUACCGAUCAUCGGAAUCAACGACGGUUGCCGAUUAUUUCAAGCGUUUUGACUGGGCGUUGCAGCUAAGUAACAUACAGACAGUACAGCAUGCUAAUUACGCUCGCGUGCAUAUGGGCAUAGAAUUAAAUAAUGCCCUUAAAUUCCUGAUCAGCCCGCGUUUGCCAGAACAGCUCGAUUACGACGAUAUUAAAACGACAUUGAUCAGCCAUUUUGACCGCGUAAAAAAUAAGUACGCCGAGAGUGUAAAAUUCCGCCAUAUCACGCAACAUAAAGGCGAACUCGUAGCUAACUUCGCUUUGCGUCUUAAACAAGGAGCCGUAUACUGCGAUUACGGCGAUUUUCUCGACCGAAUGCUGAUCGAACAAAUGCUGCACGGGUUGCAAUCCCGCGAAAUGUGCGAUGAGAUAAUCGCAAAGAAACCGAUCACAUUCUCAGAGGCGUACGAGAUCGCGCAUGCGCUCGAAGCGACACGUAAUACUGCCGAUGAGGUUAAAACGAGUACACAACCUGCGACCGUAGAAUCUACUAACGUACUACAUGCGGGACAGCCGCAAAUUAAAAAACCUAAAGAUCCUUUUCAUCGUAGGGCGUCUUCACGUAAUCGGGAACAUCAACGCACGCAGAGUAAAGGCAGAAAAGAGGAGCGACCCAAUCGCAACACGCGCUCAUCCUGCAGCGGUUGUGGAGGUCACCAUGCUCGUAAAGAUUGCAAAUUUCUUGACUCGGAAUGCCACAAUUGCGGAAAAAAAGGACACAUCGCAAAGGUUUGCAAAUCAAAAAAACAGGCCACGGACCAAAUCGCCAUAGCAGAUCAACCAGCGGAACAGAUCGCGAUAGUACAACGAUUGAACAGACUCAACCAAUUAAAUGCACACAAACCGUGUGAACGACGUAUGCUUACUUUAGAGAUUGACGGAUGCAAUCUGGAAAUGGAACUGGAUAGCGGAGCGCCAUGCAGUAUCAUUAGUAUAAAAGCGCUACGCAAAAUUAAACCACAUUUCUCCUUACAGUCGACUGAUCGACAGUUCGCAAGCUACACGCAUCACCGUCUUAAAUGUAUUGGACGUUUACCAGUCAAUGUGACGCUGGGUAAUACAACGAGGAAAGCAAAUCUAUACGUUGUCAACGGCGACUAUGACACUCUGAUGGGACGAGAGUGGAUCACACAAUUUGCCCAUGAGAUUGAUUUUGUUAAACUUUUUGCAGUUGAACGAGUGCACGGUCUGACAAUCAUGCCGCCGCAUUUAACAGUAGAACAGUCCAACCGCCUCAACACAAUAUUACAACGAUACAAUGAUGUAUUUAGUGAGGCACCAGGGAAACUGAUUGGACCACCGGUAUCCGUACAUCUCAAACCAGGCGCCACCCCAAUCUUCGCACGAGCAAGAGAGAUACCGCUAGCCUUACGUGAGACGUACGCCAGAGAAAUAGAUGCCAAACUCGCCCAAGGAUUUUAUAAAAGGGUCGAACACUCAGAAUGGGCCUCGACUACACAUAUCGUUAUGAAAAAGAACGGGAAAAUGAGAAUAACAGGGAAUUACAAACCGACGCUCAAUCCACGUAUGGUUAUAGAUGAGCACCCGAUCCCUAAAAUCGAACAUAUGUUUCAGAAGAUGAAAGGAGCAAAAGUAUUUUGUCAUCUUGACAUAACGGACGCUUAUACCCACUUAACCGUCGACGAGACGUUUAGCCAUGCGCUAACAUUAAAUACACCAACGCACGGGUUAAUCCGCCCAACACGUGCCGUCUAUGGCGCAGCUAAUAUCCCCGCGAAGUGGCAGCGGCGUAUGGAAGUUGCUUUAGAAGGCAUAGAAAAUGCCCUUAAUUUUUUCGAUGAUGUUAUCGUGUUCGCAGACGAUUUUGAUAAACUCUUUUCGAUAUUGGAUACCAUUCUAGAACGAUUUAGAGCACAAGGACUCAAACUUAACCGCGCGAAGUGCACAUUUGCAGCCCCUUCAGUGGAAUUUUUGGGACACAGAAUAAACGGAGAAGGACUACACAAAUCCGACAAACACAUUGCGACAAUACGCGAUGCACCAAAGCCAUCAACGCCUGAACAAUUACAAUUAUUCCUGGGCAAAGCAACGUACUACAGAUCGUUCAUUCCGGAUCUUGCUACGAAAGAGCGGCCUUUAAGAGACAUGCUACUAACAGAAACGUUCAAAUGGACGCCAACCGCUGAAGCAGCAUAUUCAGAGAUCAAGAAUCUUCUCACCUCACCACAGGUUCUCAUACCGUAUGAUCCAGCGCUUCCUCUAUUGUUAGCAACCGAUGCCAGUAAAACAGGCCUGGGUGCCGUGUUGUCCCAUCGCCUCAGUAACGGGGAAGACCGACCAAUUGCAUACGCGAGUCGCACUUUAAGCGCUACUGAACAACGCUAUCCUCAGAUAGACAAGGAGGCGUUAGCCAUCGUUUGGGCAGUACGCAAAUUUUUCUAUUAUCUGUACGCACGUCAUUUUACUUUGAUUACAGAUCAUAAACCGCUAACGCAAAUCUUCCACCCAGAAAAAUCACUUCCGAUUUUGUGCAUCAGUCGUAUGGCAAACUAUGCUGACUAUCUAGCACACUUCGACUACAACAUUGUGUUCAAACCAACCAAGGCGAACGCUAACGCAGAUUAUUGUUCCAGAGUACCACUUCCCACAAUGGGAGAUCCAGUAAACAAGAUCACUUUCGACGAAGAGGAAGAAGUGGAACAAUACGAUGAUUUCGAUCAAUUUGUGCUACACCAAGUAAGACAACUGCCAGUACGCGCAGACCACAUAGCACGCGAGACGCGCAAAGAUCCUCACCUCGGCAAGAUCGUGCAAUCGCUACAAGCCGGCCAGAACUUAGCACAUGUUGGCUACAAGGCUCCAGAGGCAAAUUAUACGCUAGCCGCUGACUGUCUAUUGUUCGAACAUCGGGUCGUCGUGCCACCUACCCUUAGGCAGCCGAUCCUAGAGGACUUGCAUGCCGCACAUCUUGGCAUCGUAAAAAUGAAGGGCAUGGCGCGUUCAUUUGUUUAUUGGCCAGGAAUUGACUCCGACAUCGAACGAAUUGCAAAAUCGUGUAUCGAAUGCGCCAAACAUGCACAUGCCCCGCCUCAGUUUCACAGCCAUCAUUGGGAAUACCCGAGAGGACCCUGGGAACGCAUCCAUAUAGAUUAUGCUGGUCCAGUCACGGGCGUAAUGUUGCUGAUAAUCGUCGAUGCGUAUAGUAAAUGGAUAGAGGUCAAACCUACUAGUUCUACAACAAGCGCAGCAACAAUUGCGAUUCUGGACGAGCUGUUUGCAACCUAUGGAAUUCCGACAACUGUGGUAUCGGAUAACGGCACUCAGUUCACAUCAGCUGAAUUUAAAGCAUAUUUACAAGCAAGUGGAGUUAAAUAUCAUAAACGAACUGCUCCAUACCAUCCGGCCACCAACGGACAAGCCGAACGCUACGUUCAGACAACGAAGGAUAAACUGAAUAAAAUGGCUACUACUCGGAACACAUUACAGCGAGACUUAAAUGAAUUCCUGCGACAGUAUCGAAGAGCUCCACAUUCCACUACAGGACAGCCUCCAGCAUUACUCUUCUUGGGACGAAAUUUACGCACACGUCUUGACCUCGUCCGACCUGAAGACACACGCACAAGAGUCAUGAAAAAACAACAAGCCGAGAAUGAAACGCCAUUCCGUAUCUUUAAACCUGCUCAAAAGGUUUAUUUCCUUUCCGGAAAUCCGCGGAUGGACAAAUGGGUGCCAGGCACAAUCGUAACCCGCCUCGGUGACCUGCAUUAUGAGAUUGACUACAAAGGAAGACGUUUCAAACGACACGUUAACCAGAUCCGGGCUUUUCUGGAAACGAAGCCCCCGGAUCCAUUCUCUGUUACAGAUUCAUCAGUUCCAGAAGCGAAGGGACCUAAACGAUCCCGACGAGUCAGGUUUUAUGGGACAGACCCAAAACCUGAUGCUGCACCCGCAGCACCUCCUGUAGCUGCAGCACCUCCUAUACUUGCAGCACCUAGGGAUUCCCCGCGACGAGAACAGACAGUGAUUGCACGUACGGAUCCUCCACGAGACCGAGCACCUGUCGGGGAAUUACGGCGAUCUUCACGUCCUCGCCGUCCAACGCAACGUUACUCACCAUAGAGGGUACUGACCCCGCGGAAGGCGAAUCUCUUAAAGAGGGGAGGAAAUAUUGGAUAUGGACCGCCAUUUUUACUAGAAGAUAGCGAAUCACAAACGACGUCCUACUCCUUCUUUUUUCCGCUGAGCGCGCCACCUAAGUUCCGCUUGUGAUAGGGUUGCCCUUCUACCUUUUUUAGUAGUAGUAGUACGAUUUCUCAUGUAAGCGUAUGUAUGACCGAGUCUGCGUCAACCAAGCAAUACUUUGUAUUUGAGCUGAUUAAUAAACUAAAGGACAU